AUGAGCACGCUAAUAUUUAACUGGCUACUGAAAGUGUUAAGUUUUUUCAGCAUCGAUUGCGGCGCCCAUAGGUUAUGGUCGCACCGGUCAUACAAAGCCAAAUGGCAGCUCCGGGUGCUGUUGGCUGUGUUUCAGACACUGACCUUUCAGAUGGAUAUUUAUCACUGGGCGCGGGAUCAUAGGGUACAUCACGUGUACUCCGAGACCGAUGCCGACCCUCAUAAUGCCAAACGAGGCUUUUUCUUUGCACAUGUAGGUUGGCUACUGUACCAAAGGCACCCGGAUGUCACACGACUGGGCACAAAGCUAGAUAUGUCUGACCUGGUUGCUGAUUCCAUAGUAAAUUAUCAACGUAAAUUUUACUAUCCACUACUAAUAUUAACCUGGCUAGCAAUACCAAUAUCCAUACCUGUGUACGCAUUCAGUGAGACCUGGCUUAAUUCAUUUUUGGUGAACUGUUUCCGAUUCGCAGUUACCCUACAAACUACAUCCCUGGUCAACUCAUUGGCCCAUAUAGGCCCCGGUGGUCGACCGUAUGACAAACGAUUGAACCCACGUGAGACUAGCGCGGUCAGUUACCUGACAUUUGGCGAGGGCUACCAUAACUAUCAUCACGCCUUUCCGGGCGACUACUCGGCCUCUGAGUACGGAUGGGGCGACAACUGGAACCCGUCGACCGCCGUUAUAGACAUGUUUGCCCGCAUUGGGUGGGCCUAUGACCUCAAGGCUACGCCCGAGUCUGUAGUUAAGGCUAGGAUUGAAAGGACUGGUGACUUGGCAGCCAAAAGUCCGAAAUUGACCAGGGAAGUUUAA